CAUAACUCACUCACUCACUCACAAGAGGAAAAAAGUGCUUGCUCAGACAAUGCCGAGCUCCUCCCUCUCUCUCGCCUUCCUCCUCUGCCUCCUGGCCCCAUCCCUCAUCUCCUCCAGACCACUCCAGGACCCAGAAUCCGUCGUACAAGAAGUACAUAGCGCUAUUAAUGCUACUAGGAGGGACUUGGGUUAUCUCUCGUGUGGGACGGGCAACCCUAUUGACGACUGCUGGAGGUGCGACCCUAACUGGGAGAAGAACCGUCAACGGCUAGCCGAUUGCGCGAUUGGGUUCGGUAAGAACGCGAUUGGAGGACGUGAAGGUCAGAUUUACGUUGUGACGGACCCCAGUGACAAUGACGCAGUGAACCCCAAGCCAGGGACGCUAAGGUAUGCUGUGAUUCAAGACGAGCCAUUGUGGAUCAUUUUUGCUCGGGACAUGACCAUAAAGUUAAAGGAGGAAUUGAUCAUGAACUCGUUCAAGACCAUUGAUGGACGAGGUGCUAGCGUGCAUAUUGCUGGUGGUCCAUGUAUUACUAUACAGUAUGUGACUAAUAUUAUUAUACAUGGAUUGAAUAUUCAUGAUUGUAAGCAAGGAGGGAAUGCUAUGGUGCGGGACUCUCCACACCAUUUUGGGUUUAGGACCAUAUCGGAUGGUGAUGGUGUGUCGAUAUUCGGUGGGAGCCACGUGUGGGUGGACCAUAAUUCAUUGUCGAAUUGCAAUGAUGGACUAAUUGAUGCCAUUCAUGGGUCCACUGCCAUCACAAUUUCAAACAAUUACAUGACCCACCAUGAUAAAGUCAUGUUGUUGGGCCACAGUGAUUCCUACACUCAAGACAAGAACAUGCAAGUUACUAUUGCCUUUAAUCACUUUGGUGAAGGACUAGUCCAAAGAAUGCCAAGAUGUAGACAUGGGUACUUCCAUGUGGUGAACAAUGACUACACACAUUGGGAAAUGUAUGCAAUUGGAGGGAGUGCAGAUCCAACAAUCAACAGCCAAGGAAACAGAUUUCUUGCUCCAAAUGAUGAAAACAAUAAAGAAGUGACAAAGCAUGAAGAUGCACCAGAGAGUGAGUGGAAAAGUUGGAAUUGGAGGUCAGAAGGAGACUUGUUGGUGAAUGGUGCAUUCUUUACAGCCUCAGGUGCAGGGGCUUCUUCAAGCUAUGCUAAAGCUUCAAGCUUGGGUGCAAGACCAUCUUCACUUGUCGGUUCUCUCACUCUCAAUGCUGGAUCACUUAAUUGCAAGAAGGGUUCUCGUUGCUGAUUAUUAUUACUUGUAAUUUAGAGAGGAGAAGAAAUUACAAACAAAAAAAAUUGUCAAUUUCUUCCCCUCCAUUUUCUUAAUUUUCACUCUUUGUUUGGGGGUUUUUUUUUUUUUUUUUGUGUUUUUUAAUGAUUAUUACAACCUCGGCCUGCAAAUACUGGUAAGACUGUUAGGGUUUCUGUUUGAGAAUCUUGAUGGGGUUAGGGAAGGCAUGCAAGUGCAGAAGUGUUGAUAAUACUAAAUUAUAUAUCUUGUUUUAAUUUUUAAAUGAAAUUAAUGUCUUUCUCC